AUGCACGCUGACAUCGAGGAUUUUGUCAAGAAAUGCAAACAUUGUGCGGAAACCGCUCCAAAUCCUACGAAGAAACCACUUCAUCCAUGGCCGGAAUCAAAGUGGGAACGUGUUCACAUGGACUUUGCAGGUCCAAUUCAUGGACAAUGGGUGCUUAUCACAGUCGAUAGCCACUCAAGAUUAACGGAUGCUGAAUGGUUUCCAACCAUUACAGCAACAGCUACGUGCAAAUAUCUGCGUCGUCUAUUUUCGAGAUAUGGCCCACCAAAGGCUAUAGUUUCUGACAAUGGAACGCAGUUUACAGCAGAAGAAUUUGCGCAACUCUGUGAGGACUUUAAUAUUAUUCACUUACGCAGCCUUCCAAGACAUCCUCAGUCAAAUGGGUUAGCAAAACGUAUGGUAAAUACGCUGAAACGCUCUUUAGAUUUACAAGUUCCAUCGCAGACAGAAAUUAAAUUAAAUCAGUUCUUGUAUACGUAUAACUAUACACUGUGUGAGGUAGCUCCGGAUCACAAAUCUCCAGCAGAAGUAUUCUUUGGACGAAAAUUCCGUACGCUUUUGGAGAUUUUCAACCCGAAAAACAAAUCGGAAGGAAAACCAUCUUAUCAGCAGAAAAGAAUGAAGAAGCAGUUCGACACCCAUCAUGGGGCAAGAACUCGAAAAUUUAAUCCGGGACAAUUGUUGACGGUACAGCUGGCAAACGGCCGUCGAGUCCCUGGAAAGAUAAUCGACUGCAUAGGAUCUACAAUAGCACGAGUCCGAAUAGGUAAGGAUAUCAUCAAACGGUAUUUCAACCAAAUCUGGAAACGCGUCGUUUCCUUGGAUGAGAGGAAACGACGCGGUAAACGAAGAGUUGUUACCGGCAGUACAAAAUCCGGUAACAGAUCCCCCAUUGUCUCGCCUACCGUUCGAAGGAACCAACAUCACCUACAAUAA